AUGGGUGUGUUCCGUUUGCCUCAUGAUCUCUGUGCUUUUAAUGAACAUAUGCUCAACUCCUUUUCUUGGGGUUGUUCGGGUUCUCAAGCCUCUGGGAUUCGGUGGAUGGCUUGGUCUCGUCUAUGUGUGUGCAAAGCUGAUAGUGGCAUUGGUUUUCAAAGAUUAAGUGAUUUCAAUACUGUUCUGUUAAGGAAGCAAGCUUGGCGCCUACUCACUCAGCCCUCUUAUCUGGUUGCUAGGGUGUUUGCUGCUCGUUAUUAUCCAAGAAAUGUUUUUUUAGAUGUGCAGUUGGGGUCCAACCCGAGUUUUGUUUGCUGUAGUCUAUGGUCAAAUCAGCAGCUUUUGCAUAAUGGUUGUCGGUGGAGAAUUGGGUCUAGAUCUAAAGUUCGUGUUUGGGAUGAUCCUUGGUUACCGAAAAAUGAAUGUCUUUAUGUUCAGUCUGAUCGAAUUGCUGUGUUGGGUGAUUUUAGAGUCUGUCAUUUAAUGUAUGCUAAUGGCCCUUCUAGGAAUGAGUCUCUUGUGCAUGGUCUAUUUGGUCCUAAGUGUGAAGAGGCCACUUCCUAG